AAAAAAAGCAUGAGUAUUCCUAACGAUCUCGAGUUUGCAAGCACUUUUGCUCAGCAAGAUAUACCCGUUCCUGCUCAGGUAGUAGCUGAAGUGAAAAAAGAAAAAGUGUCCAACAAUGAGCCAGAGCCAAUGCAAGUAGAUUCAGACGCCCUUGAUGCAGCGCUUUCUGGAAAAGCUGUCAAGGAAGAAGGGUACGAGAGUAGUGACUUGGAAUUAUCUUCGGAUGAAGAAAGUAGUGAUAGCUCUGAAGAGGAAGAGGACGACGACGACGAAGAAGACACAAAGGGGGAUAAAACCGAAUUAUUAGACGACGACGAUGAAGUAUUCCCUGACGGCAUUGUCAAGACUGCACAUGAAAUUGUAGAUAUUGUUGUAGAAAAACCCACGUUUGAAUUAACACCACAAACUGAAAUUAUUUUGGCCGGCACUAUUUUUCAAAUGAUUGAUAAUGUCAUUGUGAUUCAUUGUAGACCGGGAAGUGAAUACAGUACUUUGGAUCAAGGAUCACUUUUAGUGUACGAAAAUAGAGAAUUGAUGGGUGAAGUGUUCGAAACAUUCGGUCCCGUUGCUAGACCUUAUUACUCUGUCCGCUUUAACGAUGCAAAGGAAAUUAAUGAAGAAUUCGGUAAAAUUGGUGCUUCCGUUUAUUAUGUUCCAACCUACCAAAAGACCCAGAUUGUCGAAACAGAAGCAUUGAGGAAAAUCAAGGGUACGGAUGCCAGUAAUGUAUAUGAUGAGGAAGUCGGUGAGGAAGAGAUGGAAUUUUCUGAUGAUGAAAAGGAAAUGCAGUUUAAAAAGAAGAGAAACAGAGAAAAGAAAAUGAGAAAGAAUGGUGGUAUUGAGCCAGUUGAUAUGGGCAGACCCAUGAAAUUCCAACGUCGUCAACCUAGACCACCAAGAGAUUUACCCUCAGACUUUGAUUCCGCCUUAGCAGCUUAUGAAGGAUCCCAGUUACCACCUCGUCAGCAACAAAGUUAUGCUGACUUGGAAGAAUACACCGCUCCAGUGGAAACACGUACGCAAGUACAAUAUCAAGCCCGUGUGCCACAACAACAAGCUCCUAUGCCACAACAACAAGCUCCUAUGCCACAACAACAAGCUCCCAUGCCACAACAACAAGCAUCACAGAGUAGUUAUCAAAGCCCUGCCGACUUGGUAUCUGCUUUAUUCAAAUCCUAUAACGGUCAAUUGCCUACACAAUUACCUACAUCUCAAGCACCUGCACCCCAACCAUCUCAACCCACACAACCUGCACAACCCAUUCCAUCAGCACAACCCGUUCCAUCAGCUCAACCAGCUCAACAGCAUAAAGUCACGCCACUCAAAGCAGCAGUAAGAUCCUUAUUUGCUGCACCUCCACCACCCAUUGAUGAUUCCAAGCAUUAAAAAAUAAAUAAAUAAAUAAAUGUCUAUAGUCCUUUUUAUUUCUUGAAAGCUCC